UAUUUUGUAAUUUCUCUUAAACUUUCUUUUAUUUUGUUAAAUCAUUUUGGUGUCUUGGUAUCGUUUUUGCAUUUUAUUUUUUGUUAUCAAGGUUCGAGCCCCUUUCUGAAUUUUUAUUUUUUUCUUCACUUUUUCUUCUUUUACGUCUCUUUUUAUGUUUUUCGCUUAUGUUAGACUUCUGAAAAAAGAUUAUUUUUUGCAUCAACACAAUGGAAAGUCAAGAAAACGAAAAUUCUAAAAGGCGUAUAUCAAAGCCUAGAGUACAAUAUUCACCAGUUACUGAAGCAAAGCGAAGUUAUACAAAGAAAACAAAGCAAAAAUUUAGCGUUAAACGAUUAAAUAGUUUGUUUAAUGAUUCUUCCUCAACUUAUUCAACAAGAGAAAGUUCGGUUGAUGAAUUUUUUGGUUAUGAUGUUUUGUCUCAAUUUGACUUGAGUAAUCAACUUGUAUCGAUGAAACAAAUAGAUUUUGUUUUGCCUUCAUAUCCAGAUUUGAGGGAUGCUCAAGAAUUAGAUUUGGGGGUUGCUGAACAUAUUGAAAAUUUUUUGGAUGAACAAGAAGAGAUUAAAUUGUUGGAAUCAAAUUUGUUUGAAAAUGAUCAUGUGGAAGAGCAAAUGGAAAUUACUCAAGCGGAAGCUGUUGAACAAAUGGAAAUUGAAGGUAUUUUGUUUGUUAAAAUUUAUUUUCCUUCCAUUGCUUUCUCCCUUCCAUCUGGAAGGGAGAAUCUGGAAGGAAUAAAAAACCUCUAUUUUACAAAGUGUCUUAACAAUAAGCUGAACUCCCUAAAAAUUUAUUUUUUUAUUUCAGAACCCUCCACUUCUGACUUACAAUUACAGCAUCAAGAACCUCCUACAGAAGAAUCAACAUCCUCUUCACAACAACCACACAUCGAACCAACAAAUUCUAGUUUUUUUCCAGUCGAACAUGUUGGUCAGAUUUCCCCCUCAAAACUUGAACGUCCUCCUUAUCAUUCAAAAUUGAAAUUAAAAAUAAAAUUGCCUAGAAAGCCGAAUACAGUCCAAACAUCAAUUGAUAAAAGGACUAGAAGACCAACCAAAUUUUCUGAAGAUUUUGUUUUUACUCCAUUAGUAAUGCAACGGAAAAGCAACGAUGCACUAAAAAUAAAGCAAAAGGCUAUAAUUAAACAACAAGAAUCUAAAGCGGAAAGAAAACUUAAACGAAAGGAACGUCAAAAAGCAAUCUCUUCAUUUGUCCCUUCAAUACCGCCUACUAUACCAGAAGAAAAUCAGAGUUCUCAAGUAAAACCAGAAACCCAGCCGGAGCCGAUACCUGUUGAGAGAGAACGUUCUCUAAAAAUUCCUGGAGUUUCUUACGUUCAAAAAGAAUUUUUUUCAAUGAUGGCUGACAGAAAACGAUUAAAUCCUUUCUCAAUUGGAAUAAAAAAAUCGGAACAAUAUAUUUCUGAUUAUUUUUAUAGAGAAAUGUUUAUUAGUGAUUCUGACAAUGAAACUGAAAAAGACAAGGAUAAGAUUGAAGAAAAUUUGGAUGAAGAAAUAAUUGAUUGUGUUGGUGGAGGGGUUGAUUUAAAUGAAUAUGUUAAUGAUGAAGUGAUUAAAAUUAAUCCGGCUGACGAAUUUGCAGAAGCUGUGUGUUCGGUUAUGAAAAAUGCUUCUUAUUCGUUUGAGGAAGGAGAUGAAGAUUUUUUGAAAAUUGCUAAUGAAAGAAUGUAUUUAUUGGAAGAAGGCACUAAAGUAGUCUUAAAUAUACUUUUAAAAUAUAUUAUUGAACAAAGACAUGUUGAUGCUUUUGUGUUGGGACUAGCUGGAGGUGCUUCAAUAUUUCAUUCAUUAACUAUGAAAAAUGCUAAUCGUCUUAGAGAAUCACUUAAACUUUAUAGCAAGUCAAGUCAACAAGCAAUCAUUACUGCUCAUAAUUGGCUUUUGAAGAAUUUACCAGUACAUUUUAUUGCUUCCUAUUUAAAUUUACUUCGAUUUCUUAAAGCAGCGGGAAGUAAUUUAAGUGAUCAUAUUGUUCGAUUUAGUGAUGAAAAUUGUAUGUUAAUUGCAAAUAAUUAUAUAAAAGAUUUUAUUGCACAAAAAAUUUAUGAACCUCCAAUGCAUCCAAAUUAUAAACCUUUGGAGUAUGGCCCAAUAAAUAAUGUUAGUCUUAUUCUUGUUUAUCCUCAAAUUACUGUGAAGACGUCUAAACAUUUUAUUAGAGCACAUGAAAUUUUGUUUAGACAAUUAUUACCUCAAAUUGUUUGUUGUGUUGAAAAAAUAGAAUUACAUUUUGAUGUUAAUUGGACAGCAAUAACAGUUGAAGAAAUUGCUUGGAUGUGUAUUAGAUUAAUUAGAAAAAAAGUUAGAGAAAUUGUUAAAAGACGGCCAAAUGAUCAUAUAUUUUUAGCUGGUUGGGGAACUACUUGUUGGCUAAAUCAUAAAGUUAUUUCCAAAGUUUCUGGUGUAUCUGGACUUUUAAAUUUUGCUUUUCCAACAGAAAGUGCUUGUGGUUCUAGAGGGAGUGUUGAUGAUGAAAUUUGUUUAACUUACCCUUCCACCCUUUUUGUUGUUGGAGAAGAAGCUUCAAAUGUUAGUAUGAAAGCUAUACAACAAUUGAGGAAAAAUAUGAUUGCUGAUACCGGUUUAAUUGUUAUUGGAAGUGCAAAUCAUAAUUUAUUAGUUUCGGAAGCUAGAUUAGCUGUUGAAAGGGUUACACAAUUUGUUGUUCAGAGAACUAUUGUGGAAUAUACAAUCCAAUUUUUGAAACAAGUAAUUUCUGAUUUGGGUCCACCAAAACAAUGCCGUGAAUUUUUGACUCCUGUCAGUUUGCCAAAUAUUCAUGAAAUUGAUGUUGCUUUUCUUAAACCUAUUGGUGCGCAAAGAAUUAGAAAACCUGUGGAAAAGAAAAAGGAGGAUAUUACAAAAAAAUUCAACAACAAAUUUUCUUUCCCCAAUCCACCUCCACCACCAUCUUCUGCCCCACCAACUAAAACAUCAUUUAAACCAACACAAAUUGCAUCAAAUUUACCCCCAAAUUUAAAACCUAUAGCCCCAACAGAAACUUCAAGACCUUUAAAUACAUCAACAACACGUUCUUCUUCCUUUUCUGUCACUAAAAAACUUUCGACAGAUUUAAUAAAAAUUCCAAGUCCAGAAGCAUUAAAUAAAAUGCAUUUACAAAUUAGACAACAAACAACAACAACAAAUAAUCAACUAGCUACUACAUCUUCUUCAAGUCUUCAAGAAACAAUUAGAGAGGAGGAAGAAGCUGCGGCAGCACUGGCACUUUUAAAAUAA